UCAAAUCUUUUAUAUUUUUAAAUUUAUUGUUUUUCUUUUUUUUUCUCUCUCUUCUUUUUUUUUUUUUUUUUUUUUUUUUUUUUUAUUAACCAUCACAAAUGUAACAAUAUCAUAUAAAACGUACUUUCGGAUACAGAAAAAAUUUAAGUAUCAGUUGUAAAGAACCUAUGGAUUCAAAAAACACAAUUUUCUUUCUUUUUAUUUAAGAAGUUUGACAAGUAGAAGUUAAUUAGAUUAAAUGUUCAAUUGAGAAAGUAAAAGUAUUAGAAAGAAAUGUAAAAUGGCAUUUAAGUGGGCAGAAGGAGAGACAAUAAAAUUAUUAAUUCUGUAUGGACAAUAUGAUUGUUUAAAAUAUCCGUUUGAUGAUAAUUUUGAUAAAAAGGUGUACAGAUAUAAAGCAUAUAAACAUAUAGUGGAUGCCAUGAAUAUACCUUCCUUAACAAUAUAUGAUUGCAUUACAAGAAUAGAGGAUUUAAAAAAGCAAUAUUGUUAUGAAUUAUCAAAAAUUGCUGUUGCUAUAUUAUGUGGGAAAUUGUAUGAAUCCCAAACCAAAUACUUUAAAUUAAUGCAUGAUCUAUUCUUCCCAUAUGCUAUCUUUGACCAAAAAGUAAAUGAAAAUAAAAUUACAAAAGUUAUGGUUAAAGAUGUUUGUACAGAAAUAGAUUUAAUAGAAGAAAGAAAAGAUGAUGAAUUUGAUAUGUUUGCAAAAAGUAUAGCUUAUCAGUUACGAAAUAUUAGUUUAAAAAGUGCUAUUGAAUUAGAAAAGAAAAUACAAGAUUUGGUAACAGAAGAACGUCUAAGUAAUAUUAAAUGUUCCCUUUCUAGUGACAAUGUAAUUUGCUGCUGUAGUUGUAGUAAUUGUGUAGAAAUUCGUCAAAAGAAUGAUUUUGAAUUACAAGUAGCCACCAGUAAUCAAGUAUUCAAAACCAAACAAAAAUAAGACUUAUCUCUGUGAAAGAUACAUUUGUUAUAAAUAAAUAGAAAAAUAUAAACUUUUAAAAAUACUUUUAAUUAGUUUAAAAUGUUUUUAUCAAAAAUGGCUUUCUAAUAACUUCUUCUAUUUCUUGUUGAUGCAAUUUGCCAUCACCAACAGCCGGUGCUGCCAUAGGAGGACGUCCACAGUAUUUUAACUGAAAAUGUAAUAAAUAUUAAUUAUUUACUAUAUGCAUUCACAUUGUACGUAACUUACUUGUCGACCACAUAAAUUUUCAAAACGUGUUUUCACAAAAUUCCAUGCUCCCAUAUUUCGAGGUUCUUCUUGACUCCAUAUAAAAACUAUUAAAAAAUUUAAUGUAGUAUAAUUGAAGAUAAUAAAAUAACUUGAUGAUAGUUUAUGGAAUAUUAAUAAUGAUAAUAGGAUGGUUUAAUUCAAGGGAUUCCAAUAUUUGUUUUACUUACCUUUUGCAUGAUUAUAUUUUUGUAUUUCUUCCAGUAUUUCUUGAACAGGAAACGGACAAAGACAUUCUAAUCUAAUAAUUGCAACGUUAUUCUCUCCGACGAUCUUUUUAUAAUCUUUAAGAGCAUAAUAAUGUUUACCACUGGUUAAUAUUACUUUAUUUAUUUUAGAAAUAUCUUCAUCAUCGUUCCCUGAAAUACAUAUAAUAUAUUUAGACACAGACAUGAAUUAUCUUAUUAUAUUUUAGACAUAUUUUAUAAUAUACUAAUAUACAUAUUUCAUACCUAUAACAGACUUGAAACUUGUGCCAGGCUUCAUAUCUGUCAAUGAUGACGUAGCGUUCGCAUGUCGCAAUAAUAUUUUAGGCCAUACCUGCCUUCUCAAUAAAUGAAAAUACUGUGCUGGUGUAGUCGGAUUAACAACUUGUAUAUUAACAUCUUCGCCAUCAACUUUAUCUUCAUUGCUAUUUGUAAGCUGUAAGAAUCGUUCAAUUCUACAUGAACUAUGCUCCGCACCAGCACCAUCAUAACCAUGAGGCAAAAGCAUUGUCAACCCACUACUGAGCAUCCACUUUGCUUCACCACUUGUUACAAAGGUAUCAAUAAUAAUUUGUGCCCCAUUAAAAAAAUCUCCAAAUUGUGCCUCCCAAAUAGUUAAAGUUGUUGGGACUGUUAUGCUAAUACCGUAUUCAUAUCCCAAUACCGCUUCCUCUGAUAAAAUACUAUUAGCUAAUUCUAAUUUUCCUAUUUGUUCAUCUGCCAUAGAGUUUAAUGGAAUGCAAAUGUCUAGAAGAUAAAUUAGAUAUAGUUUUUUGUUUAUUUAUUUUUUAUUUUCUAUGCGUAAUGUAAUAUCAUGAAAGAGAAAAUUUAAUAUUACUCACUUUCAGUAUUCUGAUCGACAAACAUAGCAUGCCUAUGGGAAAAUGUACCUCUACCUAUAUCUUGUCCACUUAUUCUAACAUUGUAACCUUGAUGAAGUAAGGAUCCUAUAGCCAAUGCUUCCGCAGUUGCCCAAUCUAACUGUUCACCAGACAUUAGUUUUUUCAGUCGGCCUUGAAUAUGAUUCUUCAGCAACUGAGGGUGAAUAUUCUGGAAUAAGAAAAAAAUAAAAUUAUUCCUUAAAAAUAAUUUGUAAUAAACUAUAUAUAUAAAUAUAUUUUAUUGGUAUAUAUACUCACCAAAUUUGUUUCUACAUGGACACUUCUUUCCCCGAUAAAUCUUAGCAAAUCUAUAUCAAUACCCGUAUCCCACUGAGUUAUAUUGGGUUCAGCUUGUUUCAUUCCGGUCCAUCUGCCUGAGAAGUAUGAUGCUUCUGGAACAUAACUUUCAACUUGUUUAAGAGCUUCAGACAACCAUUUAUUAUGUUCCUUCACAAUAUUUUCUUUUUUAGCCUUUGUCAGGAUAUUGGACUUGAUUAAUUUUUCUACAUAUCGAUCCGGUACAGAUCUAAGUAAUCAAAAAAAUUCAUAUUUUAUUUUCAUCAAUUUGAUGAUAAUGCUAUAGUUAAACAUUACACUUACGAACGAUUUUUUAUAAUUUUAUAUAUCCUUGGAUUUGUAAAAGUUGGAUCAUCCAAUUCGUUAUGACCCCAUCUCCUGAAGCAAUUUAUAUCUAUAAAAACAUCUUUCUUAAAUUCCCUUUGAUAUUUAAAAGCUAUUCUUGUAGCUCGU